AUGGCAGACACCGACAACGCCGACCUCUUCGCCAUUCCCGACUUCUGGAAGCUGUCGUCAUGGCAGCAACAACCACCGCCACUAGCUGCGGAGGAGAGACAAGAUGGCUUCUUCAGCCUCGAUGUUAACGGCGACGAGAGGAUCACAUUCUUCCUCGACACGGACGAGCCAGAGCUGCCGCCUUGCAACGAUGACGACGGUGGCCUCUUCAAGAUCCCACAUUUACUAAACCAGCUCCUACCGAGUGUUCCAGAACAGACACUUGAUAAGCAGGACACAAGCUCGGUUAUAGAACCCAUUGCAACGCCCUCGUCUAUUGUUGACGACUUCUGGCUUCUACCUGACGACAGCGUCCGGCCACCUCCGCCGGCUGAAUUCAAAUCGUGGGCAUCGUUUGAGCAUGUUGAAGUCCCCAUCCAAGCUCCGAUAUUCGCGACAGAACAAGGUCCCAAGUUCGUCGACGCAAUUAUUGCUGAACACAGCGACGUCAUACGCCCUGCGUCAUCGUCCGAGACAAACGCUGGCGAGGACGAGCAGGACCCGGCGAUACUGGACACGCGCGAAUACUGCUCUUGCCUUCUUGCAUUAGCCCUAGGACGAAGUUCGAUCUUGUUCUCGUGGGACGAUGGGAAACGGGCGUUCCUUCCCGUGGUCAAUUCCGCGAGAGUCUCAGGAUUCUCUGCACAAGUACUGCGACGCGCUGAGAGGGACUGCCUCGAAUGCGGAAACGACAGCCGUUAUCUGAGAGCCUUUGUCGACCACACGUAUACAGCCGCGGCCUCAACAAACUCUCCUUCAAGAGUGGCCCUCGCACGAGGCGUGGACAGCCUCCUCCUCACCAUCCAAAGCGAGCUUGGCACCCGUGGCCAGAGGGCACACUCACUGCUCCAGUUGCAGGCGCUUGUGCGGCCCGUUGCCUCUCUCGUCAAAUUCAUACGCGGGCUCGUGACAAAGCUCUCACGCGCAACAGCUUCUUCAAGAACCACUGACGAGCACUUUUUGACGCUGCUGUACCAAGAGACACAGUCCAUGGAGUACAGCGUUGUCUUUAUGCGUGAUAUCAUCAAGCAGUUGCUUCAGCUCGUCUCGGAACCUUGGCUAGUCUUCGUGAGCGAAUGGAUUGGGUUGAGUCCCAGAAGCAAGGCUACACUUUGGACGGGCGAGUUUCAAAGCAAAGGAUUCGUUCGCCUAGACGACCGGGUCUGGAUCGACGACAUGGGCGCGGAGUUGGCUGAAUCCGACUACUUCUUUGACGAGGAACGGAUGCCGGCUUUCAUUCCAGCGGAAAUGGCCAAGAACAUCUUUGAAACAGGUCGCAAUCUACGAUUUCUGUGGACAAAUCAUCCCGAACAUCCCUUGUCCAAUCCUUCUACGUCUCGCCAUAUCAACCGCGAGUGCAUGCGGCUGCUAUUUGGCGUACACGGCGUCCGAAAACACAUCGAAAUCCAGCGCGAAUUUCAACUCCUUGGCAAUGGCAUGUUUUGCAGCAGACUGUCGCAUGCUCUUUUCGACCCGGAUCAGGCCGGUGCCGAGCGAAGCACCGGUAUUGAGCUGUCGAGCGGCGGACUUGGAUUGCGGCUGUCGAGCCGCAACGGCGAGAACUGGCCGCCGGCAAGCUCUGAACUUCGACUGGCUCUGAUGGGCGUCCUUGCCGAGAGCUACUACCAGGGCAGGAAGGGUGAAAGCAAUGAGAUUCCAGCGAGUGCUGGCGCAGGCGGUAAGCAUGAAUUGCCUGGCGGGAUGAGCUUCGCGGUACGUGAUCUCUCCGUCGAGGAGAUGGACCGGUGCAUGGAUCCAGACUCUCUCGAAGCACUGGAUUUCCUCCGACUGUCGUACAAGCCACCCUCAGCGCUCUUGUCUAUCAUCACACCAGAUAUUCUAGCAAAGUACGACCGCGUGUUUCUACUCCUCCUACGCGUACUGCGCAUGUAUUACGUGGUCAACCAGCUAUUCGAGGACGACUUACAAUCGCGGGUGCGCAACAGAGCGCCUCGGCCGGGCCCUAGCCGAAAGAAAAGCUAUUUUGGCCAUGAGGAGAACGUGUGCAUGCGCUUUCGGAUCGAAAGCCGGCAAUUUGUGGCCAACAUCAUGGCCUAUUUCUUGGCCACGGGUGUUGACAUGCCAUGGAAGCGGUUCGAAGCAUGGCUCGACGACGUGCAGCGGGGCCUAGCGGAACCGGAGCAGGAGCAGGGAACAACAACUGCAACCAGCUCUGCACAAGCAGACCAAGCAAGCCCCGACAAGCUGCGCGAGCGUCACGAACAGGCACUGGAUGAGAUCAUGCUCGCAUUGCUGCUCCGCAAACGGCAGCAGCCACUGCUCCUCCUGCUACAGGGCAUCUUUGGCCUGAUCCUCGAGUUUGCCAAAGGCUCACGCGAGCUAUCUCGAGCCGAAGGCACGGGCAUUGGAGGACACAAGAGCAGUGAAGAUGCCGCGCUCGGAGCGCUGCUCACGGCGCACCAGGUCAAGACCAAGAAGCUCUAUGCAUCGUUCCGUAAAAAGGUGGCUGCGUUCCUUGCAGUGUGCCGGGGCCUAAGUGAGAAGGAGGCGGACAGCGUGGCGCGCAAGGACUACCAGCAGCAGCAAGAGUACCAGGACGGAUCGAGGGCGGGCGAGGGCAGUUCGCUGUCGAAGCUGUUGCUAAUGCUGGACUAUAACGGGUCGUAUUCGUCGUCGCGGAUGCAGUGGUAA